UUCAUUAUCACCUCAACUUUUCACAUCCUCUCAAAUAUUCAAAUUUACUUCCUUGCAAACCCUUUGGGAUCUCUUUUCUUUCUUCUUCCUUACAGAGACAUAUAUACAAGAAUGGGAUUCAGAUUUCCAAGCAUAGUUCAUGCUAUUCAAAGACCAUUUUCAAGUUCAAAAGAUGUUCCAAAAGGGUAUUUGGCAGUUUAUGUUGGAGAAAACAGAAUGAAGAGAUUUGUGAUCCCUGUGGCAUAUUUGAACCAGCCAUCAUUCCAAGACUUUCUAAGUCAAGCUGAAGAAGAAUUUGGAUUCGAUCACCCAAUGGGAGCUCUUACAUUUCCCUGCAAUGAAGAUGCCUUCAUAGAUCUUAUUUCUCGCUUGAAUGCCUAAUAAUUUUGCUUACACACUGAUUAUUGACUGUCUAACAAAAACUAUUGUUACAAUUUUGUAAGGCAGACAUUGCCCAUACUAUGUAAAUAUUUUUGCUUGGGGACCAAAAGUUAAAAAUGUCCCUAAGAUUGAUAAAAAUCAAAUCAAUACAACACUUUUUCUUCA